AUGGCUGCCAAUACAAAAUUAACAAAUGAUCCGUCAGGUGAGUCUAUUGAUGUUACACUAUAUAGAAGUAUGAUUGGACGUCUUUUGUAUUUGACUACUAGUCGGCCUGAUAUUGCCUUUAGUGUUGGUGUUUGUUCUAGAUUUCAAUUUGAUCCUAAAGUUUCACACUUGAAUGCUGUCAAAAGAAUCAUUAAAUAUGUUGGUGGAACUUGUGACUAUGGAUUAUUUUAUAGUAAAGAAUCUAAUCUGUCUCUCGCUGGUUUCUCUGAUUCUGAUUGGGCUGGUAAUGCUGAUGACAGAAAAAGCACCACUGGUGGGUGUUUUUAUGUAGGAGUUAAUCUUGUUGCUUGGAUGAGUAAAAAGCAAAAUUCUGUGUCUUUGUCAACUGUAGAAGCAGAAUAUAUUGCUGUUGGAAGUUGUUGCUCACAGCUUCUUUGGAUGAAAAAGGUUUUAACUGAUUAUGGGAUAUCCCAAGAUACCAUGGUUGUUUAUUGUGAUAACUCUAGUGCUAUUGAUAUAUCUAAGAACCCUAUUUAA